AUGGUAAGCUUAUUUUCAAACCCUCAAACUCGUUUGGAAAGAUUCGCUAGACACUCGAGACUGACAAUUCGAUUCGCAAAACAGAUCUGUGGCAAGUUCGAGACAGACCCAAUAUCCGUCCUUCCAACCAUCACCGGAGACGAGGGCAAAGACGCAGAAACAGCCCAACAAUUCCUCAUGGGGUCCAAGGAACUAGGUCUCAACCCAACAGCAACAACCACAGCCCGCUUAACCGUUACCGAAAAGGGUCCCUCUAUUCCAACCUAUACCCAGCCACCCUCGUCACCUACAGUUGACCCACUUCCACCCCACCACCACAGCGUAAAUACAGGAACAUUGGUUGGGGCUACAGUGGGAAGUAGCAUCUUCGGUCUCCUCGCGGCUUCAGUCCUCGCAUUCUUCUACAUCCGACGGCGCAACGAAAAACGAAGAUUGGACAUGGCAAACAACCAACGAAUCGCCCUUGCACACACGGGAGCCACAUCUCCUUCCCCAUCUGAACUCCCCACUCUGAAAGGCGGCCCGAAAACACCUCCUGUGUAUGCGGAACUUCCGCAAAAUGAACGAGCGGCGGAACUCGCGGGAAACCGGGAACAUGAUGAGGAGACACCUACCCAUCAUGAACUUGAAGAUACCUCGAGUGGUGUCUCGCCAUUGUUUUCCCCUCGUGAACGGCAGUUUAGUGAUACGGUUCCGCUUGUUGGUGGGCCGGCUGGCUCUGUGUCGCCUAUGAGUCCGCAUUGGUCGGAGAUUCAGUCGGCUAGUCAGAUGAGUUUGACGCUCAGGGAGUUGGAGCGAGAUGAGGCGGAGCAGUAUGCUGAACAGCGAACUGCCUCUAUGGGGACUAAAUGUGUGGCUAGUCCGGAAGGACGUGCCGAGGGGUUGCAGAGACGUGUGUUGGGGGAGUUGAGGAAAGGGAGUUCUUGA